AUGGUGGAUAACAAAGUGGAAGUGCCAGCACUGCCAAGAUCAUCCCUGACGAACUCAGCAUUACAUAAUCUCUCAAAGUCAAAGUCAGCGCUACUGCAGUCAGCGCUGCCGAAUCCAGCUCCGCCUGAUUCAGCGCUGCCUAAUUCAGCUCUGAAUAGCUCUGCCUUCACAAGAGCAGAGCUGCCGAGCUCAGCACAGCCCAGACCAGAGAUGCCGAGCUCAGCUCUGACCAGCCCUACCAAUGGAGAGAAGGAACAGGAGUAUAUGGAAGCUUUUGCUGGAUCGGCCGACAUGGAGGAAUUAGCUAAGGAAGCUGAAGAAUCAGCGCUGCCUGAAGAGUCAGCGCUGCCGCAGCCAGCUCUGCCGAUUCCCGCGCUGCUACAGUCAACUCUGCCGAGCUCAGCACCCUUCAGCCAUACCGAGCUGCCCUUUGAUGAACAGAUGGAAACCAAGAGGUCAGCGCUGGAACUAAAGGAACUCCCUGCCAAUCUCAAAUAUGUAUUUUUGGAAGCAGGUGAGGAGAAGCCAGUGAUCAUAUCUUCCACGCUGACUUGGGAGCAAGAGGCAGCGUUGCUCAAGGUAUUGAAGAGAAACAAGGCAGCUUUGGGAUGGAGCCUGGCAGACAUUCGUGGCAUAAGUCCAGCCACAUGCAUGCACAAAAUUAACCUAGAGGAGGGAGCAGCACCCAAGCGAGACGCUCAGCGACGAUUGAAUCCUAUUCUGAUGGAUGUCGUGCGCAAGGAAAUCCUUAAGUUGCUGGCCGAAGGGAUCAUCUACUCUGUCGCUGAUAGUGAGUGGUGCAGCGCUGCAGAGUCCAGCUUUACCGAGCCCAGCUCAACCGAAUGCAGCGCUGCCCAGCCCAACGCAGCUCAGUUCAUCCCUGCGAGCCUUGCCGAAGUCAGCGUUGAUAAGCUCAGCGCUGUCCAGCCCAGCACUGCCGAACUCAGCGCUGCUCAGUCCAGCCCUGCGAGCGCCGAGCCCUGUGGCGUCGACGUGAUUUCGAUCCAAAUAGGCGGCGGAGAGGGGAUCUCCUCCCCUUACUACCUCGAUCCCAUUGCAAUCGACGCAUAUUGCGCUAUUUCGAGGGAGAUUUUCGUCUCCUCCUCAGCUGGCAACAACAGCCCCAACGGGAUGUCGGUGACCAACUUCGCGCCGUGGCUCACCACCAUCGGCACCGGCACAAUCGACCGCGAUUUUCCCGUCGACGUCAUCCUCAGUGACAACAAAAAAUUCUUCGGCGUGUUCCUCUACUUCAGCGCGCCCCUCGACGACAAAAUACACAAUUUAAUUUAUCUGGGAGACGGCGACGAUGGCACAACAGAAGGGGGGAAGCUGUCGGUGUCGGUACUGGAGAUGCUCAUUGGCACUGGUGCCGAUGGAGCGGUCAUGACGGGAGGUAAAAUUGGAAGAGUUGGGAUCGGAGCUGCAACCAAGAGUUUUUUUAUGGGGGUGAAAAUCGGGGUUCUGGCGAAGGCUGGCCGAAAAAGUUUUAAGGGGCGAAAUCCAUAA